AUUUUCCUUCUUUUAAGACCAUGAGCACAAGGAACUGUGAGCAAGCAAGCUUCUCGCUAUGCAGGCCGCGGUUUUCCCAUCUGUGCCUGGAUGACAUCUCUCCAUCAUUAGAGCCCGGCACAGCCGGCCGGCCUUCCCUGGCCAUCAGCCCCCCCUCACCCCCAGCUGCCCCCACUUUCGCCAUCAAUUAGCAACCAUUAGCUCCCCAGGUAGGAUAAAAGCAGGGCAGGGAGGCAGGUAGGGCUAGCCCUUCAGCAGCGAUAAUCAUGGACAGCUUCGUCUGCUCUCCCAUCGGCACGUACCAGAACUUCAGGAGCAGCCCCGCGUUCGGCCGCGGCUGGGACGCGGCGGCCAAGCAGUCCAGCUGGAAGCCGAGCAAGAGCGGCGGCAUCAGCCCCUUCCUCGGCGGGCCCUUCACGCCGCUGCCCUCCGACUACCUGGACAGCUACCGGCGGGCGCAGCUCCAGGCGCUGCUGUCGCAGGUGAGCCCCGCGCUGGCGCCGCGGCCGCGCCGGGCCAGCACGAAGGAGGCGGCGGUGCAGGUGAGCCCGCGGGCCGACGUGGCCGUGCAGUGCUCGCUGGGGCCGCGCACGCUGCCGCCCGCCCGGGCCUUCAGCCCCGCCGCCCUGCGCGCCCCGGGACGCCUCGCCCUCUACUCACCCGUGCCCGACCGCCUCCUCUUCGCGCCGCCCGACGCCGCGCCGCUCCCGGAGAAGGCAGCACCGACCGAGGAGACCCCAGCGGCGGACGGCGGCCAAGAGCGCCCGGCGGGGGCCGCGCUGCCGCCGCGCCAGGAGCCGGUGGGGACGCGGCGGGAGGAAACCGCGGCUCCCAGGCAGAGAGCUGCCUUCCAGUUCUUGGAGCAGAAGUAUGGCUAUUUCCACUGCAAAGACUGCAAGACCAGAUGGGAGAGUGCUUACGUGUGGUGCAUUUCUGGAAGCAACAAGGUGUAUUUCAAGCAGCUCUGUCGCAAAUGCCAAAAGGGCUUCAAUCCCUAUAGAGUGGAAACAAUCCAGUGCCAGGUCUGUUCCAAGACCCGUUGCUCUUGCCCUCAGAGGAAGAGACAUAUUGAUCUCAAGAGGCCUCAUCGUCAAGAACUCUGUGGCCGCUGCAGAGGCAAAAGGCUGUCCUGUGAUAGCACUUACAGCUUCAAAUACAUUGUCUGAUCCGUGUGCCCUAUUCUGUCUUGUGCUUUGCACUUUGUCUAUUGCAAUGUUUUGAUUUAAGGCUUUUGACCUGGCAUUGGAUAAUGGAUGAAGACUUUGGUAUUAUUGUAAAGUAUAAUAACUUAAAGUAUGUAAUAUCACUGUAUAUAUGCUGUAAAUAAAGUUCAAUAAAAGUUUGCACUAGUUUGA